AUGGUGCGGAACGUGGACGACCUGGACUUCCGCGUGCCCUCGCACGCCCAGGACACGCUGGACGGCCUGCAGCGGCUGCGCUCCCAGCCCCAGCUGGCCGACCUCACGCUGCUGGUGGGUGGCCGGGAGCUGCCCUGCCACCGCGCCCUCCUGGCGCUGAGCAGCCCCUACUUCCACGCCAUGUUCGCGGGCAACUUCGCCGAGAGUUUCUCGGCGCGAGUGGAGCUGCGGGACGUGGAGCCCGCCGUGGUGGGGCAGCUGGUGGACUUCGUGUACACGGGCCGGCUGACCGUCACGCAGGGCAACGUGGAGGCGCUGACGCGCGCGGCCGCCCGCCUGCACUUCCCCGCCGUGCAGAAGGUCUGCGGCCGCUACCUGCAGCACCAGCUGGACGCCACCAACUGCCUGGGCAUCUGCGAGUUCGGGGAGCAGCAGGGGCUGCCGGGCGUGGCCGCCAAGGCCCGGGCCUUCCUGCGGGAGAACUUCGAGGCCGUGGCCCGGGAGGACGAGUUCCUGCAGCUGCCCCGGGACCGGCUGGCCACCUGCCUGGCCGGCGAGCUGCUGCAGGUGCAGCCGGACCAGAGCCGGCUGGAGGCCCUGCUGCGCUGGGCGCGUCACGACCCUCAGGCCCGGGCCGUCCACCUGCCCGAGCUGCUCAGCCUGGUGCGCCUGGACGCCGUGCCCAGGCCGCGCGUGCAGCACCUGCUGGCCACGGAGCCGCUGAUCCGGGGCUCGGAGGAGUGUCGGGUGGCCCUGUCGCAGGGUCACGACGAGGCGCUGCCGGGCCUCCCGCAGAAGCUGCAGGAGGUUCUGGUGGUUGUGGGCGGGCGGGCACUGGAGGAUGAGGAGGGGGCCGAGGAAGCCACCCCUCACGGCAGGAACUUCGCCUUCUACAACACCAAGGCCAAGAAGUGGAUGGUGCUCCCAGACUUCCCCGACUACCACAAGUGGGGCUUCUCCCUGACGGCACUCAACAACACGAUCUAUGUCACAGGUGGCUCCCGGGGCACCAAGACAGACACCUGGUCAACCACCCAGGCCUGGUGCUUCCCUCUGAAGGAGGCAGCCUGGAAGCCAGUGACACCCAUGCUGAAGGCCCGCACGAACCACGCCAGUGUGGCGCUCAACGGGGAGAUCUAUGCCAUCGGCGGGACCACUCUGGACGUGGUGGAGGUGGAGAGCUACGACCCCUACACAGACACCUGGACGCCCAUCAGCCCGGCCCUCAAGUACGUCAGCAACUUCUCCGCGGCCGGCUGCCAGGGCAGGCUGUACCUGGUGGGCUCCAGCGCCUGCAAAUAUAACGCCCUGGCCCUGCAGUGCUACAACCCUGUCACAGACUUGUGGAGCGUGAUCGCCUCUCCCUUCCUCCCCAAGUACCUGUCCUCGCCCCGCUGCGCCGCACUGCAGGGGACUCUCUACCUGGUCGGUGACAACACCAAGAAGGUCUACAUGUACGACCCCGGGGCCAACCUGUGGCAGAAGGUGCAGUCCCUGCACAGCCUGCACGAGAACGGUGCGUUGGUGCCGCUGGGUGACACGCUGUACGUGACGGGGGGCCGCUGGCAGGGCGUGGACGGCGACUACCACGUGGAGAUGGAGGUCUACGACCGAGGGCGGGACGCCUGGACCCACCACGGCGCCCUGCCCCGCCUCUGGCUCUACCACGGGGCCUCCACCGUCUUCCUGGACGUGUCCAAGUGGACCCAGCCCUUCAGCCCCACCCAGGAGCACUGA